AUGGCCGCCCCCAAUCAAGCCCCCAAUCCUGGAGCCAACACAGGACCUGGACCCAAUCCUCCCACCCGCGAUAUCGAUCUCAGUGACCCUACAUUCGCCAGCGAUGGACAAGCCCAACAACCUCAAGUCGUAGAUCUCGCACGCUUCCUCUACAUGCUCAGCGGCGCUUUCAGAAAUACUCCCAACUACGCUGCAACACUGGGCUACACUGCCAACUUCACGGGUGGGCUUCCUCAGGGAUACGUCCUGGAGCUUCGAGCUCGUCACCCAUUCAGUUUCGUUCAGGACCAAAUGAGAGCAGUGACAGAUUCCUAUGUUCGUGGUCACCCUUCUGGCGGAUCCUUCAGAUCAGCCGGAGACUUUGCCAAACAUGUCUAUCACAUCAUGCGCAAUGAUCUCGUCAACUGCGAUUGUUCGUUGUGUUGA